UGUCAGUUUCUCGAUAUUUCCUGUCAAAUUGCCCGUAUGACUAGCACACAAAUUGCCACGACCUGCUGCAGGCCUAUUACCAAAUUGGUGGUCAGCAUCGGCAGCGGCGAGACCCAUAUUAUUUAUGCAGAUGACUCUGCUCGCUCUUUCUGCACGAACCCCUCCUGGUGUACCUUUCGUGGUGGAUUAAUGGAUCUCAGCUUGAGGAGUGAACCCGCAGGCAAAGAUUAUUUCAAGGAAACCACGGCCUUCUUGGAGAGACAUUUCGGAAGAAAGCCGACUGUGAGGGCCUCCCAGGCCAGCCAGCAGCGCCUUGUGUCGUUGCAGUUGAAUGCCUUGGAGGCUCACAGUGAUGGUAAUGUAGAGGAGGAGGAGAAGAAGGAGCGGAUCAUCUGGCACAGCUGGCUCUUGGAGGAAGUGGAACUACCGCCCAGCCAAAGUGCGGCGGUUAUAGAGUGGAUAGCUCCCAGGACAGAAUCUCUAAAGAUUUCCCAUCGUUCCUGGCACUUGCAGAACUGCAUGGCCUGGCGCCUGAUUGUAAGCCACAAGAAUGAACUGGCCAAGUGCUACUGCCAGCGCAUCAAACGAUUCAUGGACAAGGUCAACACUCUUGUCGACCUGGAAAUGGAGCUGGAUGAGUCCGCUGCGAAUCUUACAUCUCAGGUUCCCAGGUUGACCGAGAAUGUAUUGACCGCCACCGAUGUGCUGAAGAAGCUGAACGAGCUUCUGGACCUCCAGGAGAAACGCAACCGACGUUACAAGCGCCAGUUGAAAGGCGAAAUUUGAAUGAAUGCUCGCGAUGGGUGUGCUGACCCCUUGAUUUUUGCAUAGAUUGUAUUUAUUUAUUAUUAAAACAUUUCUGUUGUAUUCUCAUAGUA